AUUAGCACAACAUAAAGUCACAAUUAGCAAGAAAAGAAAAAACCUUGGAGCAAGCAAUGGCUACUUCUUCUCCUAUUAAGUCCCGUCCCUUAGCAAAUUUUCACCCAACGGUUUGGGGAUAUCACUUCCUUUCUUAUACUCCUCAACUCACGGAAAUUACUAGCCAAGAAAAAGUUGAAGUUGAUGAGUUGAAAGAGACAAUUAUGAAGAUGCUGGUGGAAACUCCUGAUAAUAGCACACAAAAACUUAUGUUGAUAGACGCAAUGCAACGAUUGGGGGUGGCAUAUCAUUUCGAUAAUGAAAUUGAAACAUCCAUUCAAAAUAUUUUUGAUACGACAAUGUCCCAACUACAGAGUGGGAGUGAGAAUGAUGAUAAUCUUUACGUUGUUUCCCUUCGUUUUCGACUACUGAGGCAACAAGGACAUUACAUUACUUCUGAUGUCUUCAAGCAAUUCACCGAACAAGAUGGGAAAUUCAAGGAAACGGUUACUAAUGAUGUCCAAGGAUUAUUAAGUUUGUAUGAAGCAUCACAUCUGAGAGUACGCGAUGAGGAGAUUCUUGAAGAAGCUCUUACCUUUACCACCACUCAUCUCGAGUCUAUUGUCUCUGACUUGAGCAAUAAUGUUGAAGUUACUGAAGCCUUAAGUCAGCCUAUUCGCAAGACUUUACCAAGGGUGGGAGCAAGGAAAUACAUAUCCACAUACCAAAACGAUGAUGCACACAAUGAUUUGCUUUUGAAAUUUGCAAAAUUGGAUUUUAACGUGCUCCAAAAACUUCACCAGAGAGAGCUUAGCGAGCUUACAAGGUGGUGGAAAGAUUUGGAUUUUGCAAAUAAAUGUCCAUAUGCAAGGGACAGACUGGUUGAGGGUUACUUUUGGAUAUUAGGAGUGUAUUUUGAGCCUAAGUAUAGUCGUGCCAGAAAAAUGAUGACAAAAGUACUCCAGAUUGGCUCCUUCUUUGAUGACACUUUUGAUGCUUAUGCAACCUUUGACGAACUUGUGCCUUUCAACGAUGCGAUCCAAAGAUGGGAUGCUAAUGCCAGUGAUUCAGUGCCGCCAUAUCUCAAACCUGCUUAUCAAGCUCUUCUAGACAUUUACGGUGAAAUGGAACAAGUGUUAGCAAAAGAGUGUAAAUUGGACCGUGUAUACUAUGCAAAAUAUGAGAUGAAAAAGUUGGUGAGAGCCUAUUUUAAGGAAGCCCAAUGGUUAAAUGAUGCUAACUAUAUUCCAAAAUAUGAGGAGCACAUGGAGAAUUCACUUGUAAGUGCUGGCUAUAUGAUGGCAAUAACAACUUGUUUGGUCGGUAUGGAGGAAUUUAUACCCAAAGAGACUUUUGAAUGGUUGAUGAAUGAACCUUUGAUAGUUCGAGCUUCCUCAUUGAUUGCCAGAGCAAUGGAUGAUAUUGUUGGACAUGAAGCUGAACAACAAAGAGGGCAUGUAGCUUCAGGUAUUGAAUGCUACAUGAAAGAAUAUGGAGCGUCGAAGCAAGAGGCAUAUGCUAAGUAUCAUAAAGAAGUUGUCAACGGAUGGAAGGACAUAAACAAAGAACUCCUUCGUCCAACUGAAGUACCAAUGUUUGCUCUCGAACGAGGUCUUAAUUUUGCACGUGUGAUUGACACUCUAUAUAAAGAGGAAGAUGGAUACACAAACUCCAAAGGAAAACUUAAAAACAUGAUUAACUCAUUAUUGGUUGAACCUGUCAAGAUAUGAGGAUAAUUAUAUAUGCAGAUGCACCUAUGGUCAAUUACUAAUUUGGAGCAAGAUCGAUAAGGCAUAUAAAUUGAAAUCCUUCUAUUUAUAUGAGAGUGAUAAUAAAAGAAUCAGUGAUUCCUCUUAAGAAUAUCUGGGAGCAAGUUUUUUUUAAUUUACUAUCAAGCAAAGAAGAGUUGGAUUUAUCUUUUUCUCUACUUUGACCAUAAAAUAAAUGUUAUUCUCUAAUAUUUCUUCAAUAAAAUAUAACAGAAGUUGUAUUCAA